CCGCGAUAGCGUACACAACACCACGCGUUAUGGUACAUCCUACCUGUAAUUAGCUUAGAGGUAAGAUACCUAUGGAAUAUACGUACUAGCUGGAUAUUUCAACAAAGAUGACCGGCAUGGUUUGUUUGCUGGUAUUGAUGGCCGCCUUUACGAUGGUGUCCGCAAAUAUCGUAGGGUUGUCGGAAUUCAAGAGGGUGUGUUAUUUCACGAACUGGGCCCAAUAUAGAGGAAGUCCUAUGACGUUCACCCCCGAUAACAUCGACCCGUUCCUCUGUACUCACAUCAUAUAUGCUUUCUCACAGCUGAACGGCAACAACAUGACUACGGUCGAGUGGAAUGAUCUCUCAAUGUAUAGCAGGAUCGUAGAUAUGAAGACACUGAAUCCCAGUUUGAAAGUAGUGUUAGCAGUUGGAGGAUACAGCCACGGGGUGGACAGGUUUUCAGCGAUGGCUUCGUCAGAUCAGAACAUCGAUGAGUUUGCCACAAGUGUAAUUAAAUUCCUGAGAAAAUAUAGGUUCGAUGGUCUUGAUCUAGAUUGGGAAUUCCCUGCCUACGGCAUCAAUAGCAAAGAAGACAAAUUUCGAUUUACAAGGCUUGUUCAGAUUUUACGGGUGAGAUUCGACACAGAUAGCAUGAUAACCAUGCAGACACCUUUGUUGCUAUCUGCAGCAGUCUCAGCAGGAAAAUGGAAUAUCGACGACUCUUACGAAGUUGAUAUAAUAUCACAAGGUUUGGACUUCAUCAAUCUAAUGUCUUACGAUUUCCACGGGUCUUGGGAGGGAACUACUGGACAUACUAGUCCUCUAUACCCCAGAAGUGACGAACAAGGGGACCAGAAGUUACUGAAUCAGGAGGCAGCCGUACAUUACUGGAUAUCCCUGGGUGCCCCACCAGACAAGAUCGUGAUGGGGAUGGCCUUGUACGGCAGGACAUUCACUCUAGCUAACACCGGAAACGUUGGUCUCGGUGCCCCUACAACGGGACCAGGAAACCAAGGGCCAUACACAGAGGAGCCAGGCACGCUAGCAUAUUAUGAGGUGUGUAAAAAUUUGGAGAAAGGAUGGACAAGAGUUUGGAACGAUGAACACAAAGUUCCGUAUGCAUUCUCCGGAAACCAGUGGGUCGGAUAUGAUGACGUCCAAAGUUUCACUACAAAGGCUGAAUUCAUCCGAGCGACGCGACUGGCGGGAUCCAUGGUGUGGUCGAUGGACUUUGAUGACUUUAAUAACGUCUGUGGAAAUGGUGUAAACCCGCUCAUGUCUGUAUUAAAGAAUACUCUUGAAUAUCAAACAGUCGACCCAAUAACACUGCCUCCAAUACCCGUGACUACAACCACAACUACACCAAAGCCUAUCACCAGUGUUACAACAGACAACCCACCAGAUAUACCUGCGUUCAAGAGGGUGUGUUAUUUCACUAACUGGGCCCAGUAUAGAGGAAGUCCUAUGACGUUUACCGCUGAUAACAUCGACCCGUUCCUCUGCACUCACAUUAUAUAUGCUUUCUCACAGCUGAACGGCAACGACAUGACUACGGUCGAGUGGAAUGACCUCUCAAUAUACAAGAAGGUGAUGGACUGGAAAGUAACCAAUUCCGCACUGAAGGUGUUAUUAGCAGUAGGGGGCUAUAACCAUGGGGUGAAAAGAUUUUCUGAUAUGGUUUCAACCGACAAAUCAAUAGAACAGUUCGCCGCUAACACGAUACUGUUUCUACGGAGUUACGGGUUCGAUGGCCUUGACCUUGAUUGGGAGUAUCCCUGCCUACGAACAAGUGAACCGAACGAUAAAUUUAGAUUUACCCGACUUACGCAGAUUUUACGUCGUGAAUUCGAUCUUGAAGGUACAUCUAGCAAUCGCCCGACAUUGCUUUUGUCCGCAGCAGUAGCAGCGUCCCAGAACACCUCUGACGCCGCUUACGAGAUUGACAUUAUAUCACAGAAUCUUGAUUUUAUUAAUCUGAUGUCGUACGAUUUCCAUGGUACCUGGGAUGACACUACCGGACAUAAUAGCCCACUGUAUGCCAGACAGAGUGAAACGACAUUCCAGAAAUCACUGAACCAGGACGCUGCCGUACAAUACUGGAUAUCCGGGGGCACCCCGCCACAUAAACUGGUGAUGGGACUGGCAUUGUAUGGUCGAUCUUUUACUCUUGCUUCUGCAAAUGAUGUUGGUCUGAAUGCUUCCGUGAUUGGAGGUGGAUCGCCUGGCCAAUACACUAGGGAAUCUGGAUAUAUGGGAUAUUACGAGAUGUGUGAUAGAGUGGAAAAUAAAGGUUGGACGCGAGUAUGGGACAAUGAACAUCAGAUCCCCUUCGCCUUCAGUGGAAACCAGUGGGUCGGUUAUGACGAUGUUGAGAGUUUCACCGUUAAGGCGCAUUACAUCAAGUCACGUGGACUAGGAGGCUCCAUGGUGUGGGCGAUGGAUUUGGACGACUUCAACAAUGUGUGUGGGUUAGGAAUUAACCCAAUGAUGUCUGCAUUAAAGAAAAUACUGAGUUCGCCAACCAUCGGAUCUACAAUCACCCCGACCAUAGCGCCACCUAGUGCGAGGCCGACUACAGACGCUGUAACACGUUCUACUACAACACCGCAUCCAGGUAAAACUACUACAGCAGCGGUUGUUCGUACGACGACCAGUUCUAAUGCGGAGACCACGUCUAAUUCUCAAACUUCGUGUGCACCAACCCUGUGUCCUGAUUCAACGAUAGUCCCUUCUGCUUGCGAUGCUGCCUGUGUAUUCCAAUGCUGCAAUGGAAGUCACGUUGAGUAUUGCUGCAAUUAUGGCUAUGUAUGGAACGAUAGGGACAAAAACUGCCAAAAGACUGUACAGACGACCACCACACCACGUCCCAUAGUUUCAACCCAGAUAAACUGUGAUGCCCCAUCCAGCUGUACACAUGGCCAGUUCUCACCUGAUCCUUGUGAUGACCAAUGCUUCUAUAACUGUGGCCAUGGAAUCUCCUAUCACCAAUGCUGUGCAACUGGCAGAGUGUGGGACAACUAUAUCAAGGACUGUAACUAUCCUGAACUCAUACAGGAUGACCUCAAUUGUCGCCCUAAAGUGUGUCCACCAUUUGAGUUUCUGCCCGAACCUUGCGUCCCUCAUUGUUACUACCAAUGUUCCUCCACCGGCCUUGACAUCAGAUUCUGUUGCAAUCAAGGAACGAUUUGGGAUGAUUCCAUUAAAGCAUGCAACUACCCACCAGCGAUGGACGAAGUUAACGCCGUGUUUAAUAUUAUACAGCCAUCCACAACUCCAGCCGGAAAGACACUGAGAUCCGGAACUAAUACUUUAACACAUCAGAUUAAUUUCAUUGGUUGCGGCAUUUCAGGCAUUUCAGUGUCGUUUUCACCACAAAAAACGACGUUUCCAACACAAGUGAAAAGUGAUCACGUGACCACGCCUCAGCAAAUCAUUGAAAAGGAGAAAAGGCAUAUUCGCCGGACAAUGUCAACAACAAAAGAACCCGAUCAAACAAAUCCACUGAUAAAGCAAACUCAACCUAUAAUCUUAUUCACAAAACAGACAGACUCUACCGAAUCACCAACAAAACUUCCAGACCCAACAAAGUCACAAGUAAAAGAAACGGAUUCACCAAAUCUACCAAUGAAGCAAACUUAUCCAACAAAGUUGCAGACAAAGUCAACUGAUAUAACAAGGUCACCGACAAAGCCAGCUGAUGAAACAUGGAUACCGACAAAGCCAGCUGAUAAAACAUGGAUAUCGACGAAGCCAACUGAUAAAACAUGGAUAUCGACAAAGCCAACUGAUAUAACAAAGUUACCGACAAAGCCAACAGAUAAAACAUGGAUAUCGACAAAGCCAGCUGAUGAAACAUGGAUACCGACAAAGCCAGCUGAUAAAACAUGGAUAUCGACGAAGCCAACUGAUAAAACAUGGAUAUCGACAAAGCCAACUGAUAAAACAUGGAUACCGACAAAGCCAACUGAUGUAAUAAGGUCGCCUACAAAGCCAACAGAUAUAAAAAAGUUACCGACAAAGCCAACUGAUAAAACAUGGAUAUCGACAAAGCCAACUGAUGUAACAAGGUCGCCUACAAAGCCAACUGAUGUAACAAAAAUACUGACAAAGCCAACUGAUAAAACAUGGAUACCGACAAAGCCAACUGAUAAAACAUUGAUAUCGACAAAGCCAACUGAUGUAACAAGGUCGCCUACAAAGCCAACUGAUAUAACAAAGUUACCGACAAAGCCAACUGAUGAAACAUGGAUACCGACAAAGCCAACUGAUGUAACAAAGUUACCGACAAAGCCAACUGAUAAAACAUGGAUACCGACAAAGCCAACUGAUGUAACAAAGUUACCGACAAAGCCAACUGAUAAAACAUGGAUACCGACAAAGCCAACAGAUAUAAAAAAGUUACCGACAGAGCCAACUGAUAAAACAUGGAUAUCGACAAAGCCAACUGAUGUAACAAAAUCACCGACAAAGCCAACUGAUAAAAAAUGGAUACCGACAAAGCCAACUGAUGAAACAUGGAUAUCGACGAAGCCAACUGAUGUAACAAAGUUACAGACAAAGCCAACUGAUAAAAAAUGGAUACCUACAAAGCCAACUGAUAAAACAAAGUUACCGACGAAGCCAACUGAUGAAACAUGGAUACAGACAAAGCCAACUGAUAAAACAAAGUUACCGACAAAGCCAAAUAAUGCACCAAUAUCACCGACAAAGCCAACUAAUAAAACAUGGAUAUCGACGAAGCCAACUGAUGUAACAAAGUUACCGACAAAGCCAACUGAUGUACCAAUAUCACCGACAAAGCCAACUGAUAAAACAUGGAUAACGACAAAGCCAACUGAUGUAACAAAGUUACCGACAAAGCCAACUGAUGUACCAAUAUCACCGACAAAGCCAACUGAUAAAACAUGGAUAUCGACAAAGCCAACUGAUGUAACAAAGUUACCGACAAAGCCAACUGAUGAAACAUGGAUACAGACGAAGCCAACUGAUAAAUCAUGGAUAUCGACGAAGCCAACCGAUAAAAAAUGGAUACCAACAAAGCCAACUGACAAAACAUGGAUAUCGACAAAGCCAACUGAUGUAACAAGGUCGCCUACAAAGCCAACUGAUAUAACAAAGUUACCGACAAAGCCAACUGAUAAAACAUGGAUACCGACAAAGCCAACUGAUAAAACAUGGAUAUCGACAAAGCCAACUGAUAAAACAUGGAUAUCGACAAAGCCAACUGAUGUAACAAGGUCACCGACAAAGCCAACUGAUAAAACAUGGAUAUCGAUGAGGCCAACUGAUAAAACAUGGAUACCGACGAAGCAAACGGAUGUAACAAGGUCACAGACGAAUCCAACUGAUAUAACAAAGUUACCAACAAAGCCAACUGAUAAAACAUGGAUAUCGACAAAGCCAACUGAUGUAACAAAAUCACCGACAAAGCCAGAUGAUAAAACAUGGAUAUCGACGAAAGCCAACUGAUGUAACAAGGUCACCGACGCAACCAACUGAUAAAACAUGGAUAUCGACGAAGCCAACUGAUGUAACAAACUCACCGACAAAGCCGACUGAUGAAACAUGGAUAUCG